UUCAAUUUGACAUUCUGCUUUACAGUCGUUAGUCAUGGGCAUGACGGGAACUAUUCAUCAAACGCUGGCUGUGCUAACAGUCAGCUUCAACGAAAUGAAUCUGGGUAUCGGCGACGGAUGGAUAUCUCCAGCAUUGGCAUACUUCAAUAGUUCUGCAUCCCACAUACGAGUUGGUGGUAAUCAAAUUACAUGGAUAGCUUCUCUAGACAACAUAGGAAGAAUUCUUGGCGCUGUAUUGUCAGCGAUGUUAAUCGAUACCAUCGGACGUAAAUUUAUGAUCAGUACUUGCGCAGUGAUAUUUUUUCUCAUCUGGUUGGCAAUCAUGUUCAGCAGUUCGGUGAUGGUAAUUUACACAGUACGUACGUUGUACGGUGUAGCUAAAGGAAUGAACGAUUGUACAAAUUCCGUAUACGUUGGAGAAAAUACGUCGCCAGUUUUCCGAGGUGUUUAUGGCACCAUAGGGUCAAUCUGCUAUUACGGAGCAAUAGUCGGCGAAUACAUUAUAGCCACGUAUCUAUCAUACCAAACAUACACAGCUAUAAAUGCAGCUGUCGGAGUCUUGACAGUUGUGUCGAUAAUUUGGCUAAAGGAACCAGUUCAAUUUUUGAUGCUGAAAGGUAAAUACGAACAAGCUGAGAAGAAUUUCCUAUGGUUGAAAGGUGUAGACAAUUUGGAUAAAGUAAAACUCGAGCUACAAAAUAUCAAAGAGAACGUAUUAUUGGAAAAAUCCAAAAAGUCCUCGCUUAACCAACUGGUCACUUCGUCGGCCAAUUACAAGAGUUUUUUAAUCGUAGUUACCACUUAUUUAUUAGUAGGAGCUAUGGGUUUUGGUCCUAUUCAUUCUUACGCCGCUACUUCUCUAUUUCCUAAAACCGAGCACAUCUCAUCCAACGAAUUCACCAUAUUAUUCGGUUUAUUGCAAUUUAUCGUCGCUAUUUUGGCGGCCUUUUUCGUCAGUAGCUUUAAUCGUAGACUUAUCAUCAUCACUUGCUCAAUAUUAAUUGCUCUGACACACAGUUGUACAGCAUUGCUGUACUAUGUGAAUGCGAAUGUUACUCCACUGCCUUAUUUUCCAUGGCUGAUAUUUGGUAGUAUUUCCCUAUUCGCUGGCAUUUACUCUCUUAUGUAUCCUGCCAUAUAUUUAAUACGUGCCGAAUUAUUCCCAUUGAGCAUAAAAGCAGUGGGCGUAUGUGCCUCUCUGAUCGCCAAUUCGGCAAUGAGCUUCGUAACCACCAAGCUGUAUUUGCUCAUUAAUAAAGCUUGGGGUAUUCACGUGAAUUUUAUCGCAUUCGCUGCAGUUUGCGUGCUUUGCGCCAUAUUCGUGCAUCUUACAUUACCUGAGACUAGGAAUAAAUCUCUUAUAGAGAUACAAGAUCACCUCGAGAAUAAAAAGAAGCCUUACGAGUAUAACGAAGUUCCAUUGUAGAGUUGAUUUGUCUGGUUAGAUAUGGUUAGUGCCUUUGUCGCAUUUCGACGCUUAUACAUUUAUAUAGAUUUUAAUAAAUUGUUAUUACUUCUUGUAUUAUUUUAAUCUAUUCGUGUGUUUAUGCGCAAUGUGCUUCUUUUUGUAACUUUGUAAAGCGCAAAUACGCGCAAAUAAUGAAUUUUUAAUGCGCAUCAAGUGCUGUUAAUAUUUUUAGAAUAUUUUGUUUAAAAUGAAAAACAAAAAAAUAUGUAAUAAUUUUCAUCGUUUGCUCUGUGUAUUUUACUCGAUCGUCAAAUUUGUAUUUGCAUGUGGAGAAGUAUAUGUAUUUUGAUGUGGUCAAGAUAGUAUGGCUGAAAUAUACUUUGUAGUGUUCUUUGGGU